CACGUACAUAAACGGAAUGCGGUGAGUUGUACGGGUCAAACAGGUAAGCUAUGUGCCGUCCGGAGGUGAGAACGUGAGGAGCGCCAAAUUCACACCGGUGUCAGAAAACUUUUUGCCGAACACCAAACCCACACGCAGUGCAAUGGCAGAGGCACACCAGGCUGUGGCGUUUCAGUUUACCAUCACUCCGGAGGGAAUCAACCUGCAGCUGUCCUACCAGGCCCUCAAUCAAAUCUACCUCUCUGGACUGCGAUCCUGGAAGAAACGCAUCAGUAGGAUCAGGAACAGAAUUAUAAAAGAUGUAUACCCAGCUAGCCCUUCAUCUUGGCUUUUUGUUGUUAUACCAAUCUUGGCUGUGAUGUACAUGCACUCCGAUCCAUCUUUGGGCCUCAUUGAAAAGAUUCAAGAGCACCUGCCCCUCAGUUUGUCUCUGAGCGCUCAGGGUCAGACUUUGCUGUCGGCUCUGGUGUUCAGUACUGUCCUGUGGUUGUCUCUCAUUCUGGCCCUGAGAUUCUGUCUAAAGCUUCUCCUGUCGUACCAUCGAUGGAUGUUCGAGCAACACGGCAGCGUUUCUAUCAAGACCAAAGUCUGGGCGACCCUAGUCGGGUUGCUCUCUGGACGGAAGCCAUUACUUUACAGUUAUCAAAUGUCUUUACCACACCUACCUGUUCCACCCAUUAAAGACACACUGGAAAGAUAUCUUGAAUCAGUAAAGCCGAUGCUGAGUGAGGCUGAAUUUCAGCGAAUGACGAAACUUGCCGUUGAGUUCGAGAACAGUCUGGGUAGCCGCCUGCAGAGAUACCUCAAACUUAAAGCCCUGUGGGCCACAAACUAUGUUAGUGACUGGUGGGAAGAGUAUGUUUACCUCCGAGGGCGGGGUCCAAUUAUGGUUAACAGUAACUACUAUGGAAUGGACUUCUUGUAUGUGACGCCCACAACUAACCAGGCAGCUCGAGCUGGAAACACCAUUACAGCCCUUUUUCUCUAUCGCCGCAAGGUCAAUCGAGAAGAGCUCAAACCUAGUCGUAUUCCUGGUACUGUCAUCCCGCUGUGUGCAGCUCAAUGUGAACGCAUAUUCAACACAACCCGUACCCCGGGAGAGGAAACUGAUGUACUGCUGCACUGGGAGGACAGUGAGUUUGUUGCUGUGUACCACAGGGGACGGUACUUCAGGUUAUGGGUCUACCACGCAGGACGGCUGCUGUCACCCAGAGAGAUCCAGUACCAGAUUCAAAAGAUACUGGAUGAUCCCUCGCCUCCUUUUCCAGGAGAGGACAAACUAGGAGCACUUACUGCAGGAGACAGGGUGCCCUGGGCUCGGGUCCGAAAGCAGUACUUCAGCUCGGGAGUUAAUAAGAAAUCACUGGACUGUAUUGAGAAAGCUGCUUUUUUUGUCACACUUGAUGAUCAGGAAGAAGGCAUGAUGGGAGAAGAAUCUUCUGGGAAUUUGGGCCACUAUGCCAAAUCCCUACUGCAUGGCAAAUGUUACGACAGGUGGUUUGAUAAGUCUUUUUCUAUUGUGGUGUAUAAGAACGGAAAGAGCGGCCUGAACGCAGAACAUUCUUGGGCUGAUGCUCCUAUUGUGGCACACUUGUGGGAGUACACUCUUGCCACAGACAAGUUUCAGUUGGGUUACAUGAGUGACGGAAACUGCAGAGGAGAGGUCAGGCACUUCUUAUCACAUCCACAACGGUUGAACUGGGACAUACCGGCAGAGGUUCAGGCACAAAUAUUCGACUCUCUUGCUGUUGCACAAGCACUCGCUGAUGAUGUUGACUGCUACGUAUUUCCCUUCAGAGAGUUUGGCAAGGGUCUUAUUAAGAAAAUGAAAAUCAGCCCGGACUCCUUCGUGCAGCUGGCCCUGCAGCUGGCCUAUUACAGGAAUAAAGAAGCGUUCUGUCUCACAUAUGAAGCCUCUAUGACACGUCUGUUUCGUGAGGGUCGCACAGAGACUGUACGGUCUUGCUCGAUUGAAAGCUGUGACUUUGUCCGUGCAAUGGAUGCAGGAGAGGACCGAGAACAUUGUCUCAAACUGUUCCGAAGAGCUUCUGAGAAGCAUCAGAAUCUGUACCGUCUGGCCAUGACUGGCUCAGGCAUUGAUAGACACCUCUUUUGCCUUUAUGUGGUCUCUAAAUACCUGGGGGCGGAGUCGUCUUUUCUUAAAGAGGUCUUGUCAGAGCCGUGGCGUCUCUCCACCUCUCAGACCCCUGUGCAGCAGAUGGAGCUGUUUGAUUUGGUCAACCAUCCAGAAUUCAUCUCGCUGGGAGGAGGCUUCGGUCCGGUGGCUGAUGAUGGCUUUGGUGUAUCCUACAUCAUCAUGGGAGAGGAAAUGAUCAGCUUUCAUGUGUCCAGCAAGCACUCUUGCACAGCGACUGACUCCCGUGAAUUUGGCUGUCAGAUAAGUCAAGCCAUGAUGGACCAAAUGAGUCUCCUGAGCCCAGACUUUAGGACCACCACACAAGGCGGCCCCAAUAAACACUCAUAAUUCAUGGAUUCAUAGAUGUUUAAAGAUGGAGGAUUUCCCAAGUGUCGAUUUCCCAGUGUUUAUAUAAUUCUUAAAAUCUUUUCUUAAAUUGUUGAGCCUCUUUAACGUUAUUUACAGUACUCUUACAGCUUUGUUGAAAAUUACAUUUAAAAUGCUUUUACUGCUUGAUAAACAUCAAGGAAAUAGGUGCUCAUAAAAAUACGCACUUGUUCUUUUGGCAGCCUAAGACUCUGUUGACAGCGAUCGGAGUCUGGAGCUGCAUCUUUCUUUAAGUAAGCACUCUCCGUUAGUCAAUUAUUCUAGACUUUCAGGUCUAGAGUGCUUUGAGCAGCCCUAAUUUAUUAGGUAAAUCUGCAUGCCUGAAUAAGCAAAAUAACACAAAUCAGUCAUGCCUCCUGACAUGUUUUGUUAUUUUACUUUAUAUGAAGGUAAACUGCCUAAAGAAAGAGACAUUAAUAAUAAGUGCUAUGAAUAAAUUAAUAAUUUUA